AGCUGGAAAAUGAGGAUAAAUUUAAAACUGUUAUAAAGAAUCACAUGCUUGACAAAUGUUAUUACAGUGUCGCCUACCACCGCGGCAACCACCAGUGCUCUCGCCCGCAUUUUUUCUUUGGAAGGCCCUCCCUUCUACUCUUGUUACUGACAAUGGUCCGCAAUUUGCCUCUUCCAAAUUUGCGGAUUUUUGUGCUCGUCACGGCAUUAUGCAUGUCACGGCCCUGCCGUUCCAUCCACAAUCCAACGGUGAGGCUGAACGACUGGUCCGCACAUUUUAGGCUCAGAUGCGAAAACUUCUGACUUCUUCUGCUGCUGAUGAUUCGCUUCUCUAGUUUCUGGCGUCUUACCAUUUCACCCCCAUGGGGGACCACAGCCCGGCUGAGCUCUUACAUGGCCGCACGCUACUUCAUCUUCUGCGGCUUUCCACCUUACAGCCGCGGGUGCCUUCACUUGGCCGAUUCACCGCCAACGACCUCGUCUGGGUACGGGAAUAUGGCAGGCGGCCAAAAUGGAGCCCAGGCUGCAUCUUAAGACACCGUGGCAGACACCUGUAUGAAAUCCAGACAGACAUGGGUGUUGCAGUGCGUCAUUCGGACCAGCUUCGGCCUCGUAUGCCAGCAAUGCCUGUUCCGAAUGCCGCUACACCACCUUUGGCUCUACCUGACACUCAGGAUCUUGGCAUCUCUCAAUACUCACAACACAACCCUCUCACCAUAAUCGCGAUGCCAGCACAAGAACGGACGCCACCAGGAGACGUGCCCAUGCAGGAACCGGAUGACCAUCCUCUGUCAGAGCAAAUCUACUCGCCUCCUCCUCCAACGGAUGCCGACACAUCGCCCAUGUCUCCUGUCAUAUCAACUGGACUUGCUGCAACGGGCAGAUUGGUGCAUGGGGCCCCAGCAGAUUCGACCCCUACGUCUCCUGUCAUCUCGACCCGUUAUCAUCGGGGACACUUCCGUCCGUACAGGAAGCCUCCUCCUCCAGGACACCUCCAUCAAGACCAGUGCAACAAUUUCAAAGGGGGGAAAAGUGUUGUGACUCGCCGAUCAUUCAAAGCGCCGCUGCACAAUUACGCGCAUCCUCUACGUGCGGUGCUGUCUGCCAGCCAUGCAGCAGCUGCGCCACCUAAGCGGCCAGCCGAGCAGCGGCCGCUAGACUGGGACUCAGUGCUCAUUCGAAUGCUAACGUGUACACAUGUCUUGCUUGUCAACUUACUCUGUGACUUAUAUGUGUUGUGUCGUUCUGAAAUAUAUGUGUUAAACUUGACGUUAUAACAGAAAGUUAGAUUCUGAUAACAAACAAUUAUUUUGGAAAUAUGAACAAUAUAAUUUGAAGUACCAUUUAAGAUAAAUCAUUCACUUAAUACAGAAAAGUAUUAAUGUUUAUUUAAUAAUAAAAACUAAAAUUGUCACCAAGGAAGUAGGUGAGGACGGGGGGGUUCCCAAAGCUUACAAAUCCAAUCUAUUAACCAAGAAGCAGUAGAGGGAGUUACAUAAUAUUUUAUAAACUUACAGUGAUGUACUUUUGGAUAAACUGAGAGUGACUGGUGACUAUGUAUGUCAUUCUGAAAUUAAGGAUAGAGAACUUUUCUUUUGUAAAUCAUAUUCAGUCCACUUAAUUUUAAAAAUGGCAGUUCAAGACAAAAUAGAGAAAAUGGUCGAAAAUAAGAUUGCAGAAGGGGUUCUUAGUGUUUACAACAAUUCAUUACUAGUUGUAAGAAAAA